ACUUAUGAUCCAACAAUAGAGGAUUCAUAUCGAAAACAAGUGGUUAUUGAUGACCAGGCCUGUGUUUUAGAAGUGCUGGAUACUGCUGGACAAGAACGAUUUUAUGAACAAAUUAUAUGCGUAAAGGACACUGAUUCCAUUCCAUUGAUGCUUUUUGGUAAUAAAUGUGACAAAAUAACUGAACGUGAGGUUUCAAGGGAAGAAGGCAUGAAUAUGGCAAGAAGGCUUAAGUGCGAAUUUAUAGAAGGUUCUGCAAAAACAUGUGUUAAUGUAGAUAGGGCAUUUUAUAGUGUAGUUAAAAUGAUAAGACAGAAUAGAGAAGGUGGUAAAGGACAGAAUAGAGAAGGUGGUAAAGAUA